AUGCUUUGCGCACCCGCCGCAGAUUCCCUCCCCGUCGCUCCGCCCGCGCACUGCCUCCCGUUCUCCGAACCAAAGAAACGCACCAGUAGGUGUCAGUCCUCUGCCGCCUCUCCGACCGGCUCUGUGGCGCGCUCGAUUUCCAAAUCCCGCCGUCCCGACAUCCAAUUCUUCGUAGAAGCUUCUGCUACAAACCUACUUGCAUUCUCGUCCUUCGCUCCUUCUGUAAACUCACGAUACGGACGUUGUUGCGGCGGCCGCAUCUUCAGCGUAUCCAUUGGGAUCAGUUAUGUGUUGGCUGGCAGCGAAGCCUUUGCUGCCCUCCUUCAUAUCAGACACAUUUACGUGAUCCCGGCCUUCACCUGGAUUCUAACACUUGCUAUUCUACUUGCUCACACAGUCGUUCAGCCGAUCACUUCAUUGCUCACCCUCCUGAAGGGAAUUCUGCUCAUUGUUACGGUGGUGGUGACAUUUGCAGUGGGCUCUGAGGUCGGCCUGCAGAGCAGCAGUGACUUCAGUCAGAUGGGGAAACCUUUCCUAAUGGGCACCGUGGCUCUAGGGGGGAUUGUGAAUGUGAUGCCUCUUCUUUUUUCUCACAUCUCACACAACAAAACACAGAUCCUUUGGUUUCGGAGAGCAGUUCUUGGAGGCCUGGCUACCUGUACAGUCCUCAACAUUCUCUGGUGCUGGGCAGUGCUUGAGAUCGUCCCUCAGACGUCUUUACCAGAAAAGAGGACGGCCCCGCCCACUUCAGCUCAGCCCACCUCCACCCCCCCUCUGCUCUUCUCCAACAUCUCAUUGGAGCAGUAA